CCACGACUUCCGGUGAAGGAAAGCAGCAUCGAAUCACUGACGUAAACUGUUGCAAGCUUGAGUGCACCGGACAACAUCUAUAGAAGCUGAUCUCUCCCGCAGCCUGCCUGUAAAAGACCAUUGAUGAACCAGACACAUAUCGACUGGGCGGCACGACACAACAUUCAUCAAUUCAAUCCAAACAACACCACCUGGUUUGACUUGCCAAGGUAUAUUGUAAAACAGCCAUUAGAGUUAGUUGCUACUAAAACAUCAAUCAACAUGGCCGAUCUCAACACUGGUUCUCGCAACAUCGUACGUGAGGAGCACGAGGACCUUCCCACCCCUAACGUGCCAGGAGCUUUCCCCGGCGAGUCGAACAAAUCUUCCAGCGCCUUGUCUGCAAACAUUGUUGUCCCUCAGACCCAGCCUGUUAUCAGUGGGGAGCCAGCACAUCUUGGUAGGGACACGGCAAGCCCACGAUCUGCAACCCAUCCUGGCCAGGAUGCACCCAUUGUCACUUCGAUAAACGACCAAAGCCCAUCAGCCUACACCGCUCACGCAUCUCAUCCAACCGGUGGAAUCCAGCCCUCCUUGAAAAAGGUAGACGACGAAAUGCUUGCAUCAGCGGCUGAGGAACAGGUCUUGGAGCAAGUUGCUUGCCCCAUUGAGGCUAGACCGGCAGAUAAGCAGGCCAAGGUCGAUGCCAUUCAUGACAACAAAGACACCGUGACUGCUGGCGAGCUCGCCCAAGAAAUCGCAGCCAGCGCAACAAGCGCCGCGGCUGCGGCUGCAAAGGCUGCACAAGAAGCCGCGGCGUGGGCUACGAACAAGGCUGUCGAGAACUACCCGGCGGCUAGGGAUACAACUCUCGACGCUGCCGCCGCUGCAGGCGAGACGACCCAGUCAGCCGUGCAGAAUGCUGCCUCUGCCCUUCCCGAUUCUGUCAAGAACGCUCUCGGCACCACUACCACGGCGGCCACCGGGAAUGCUGAUGCAAACCCUCCCCUCGAAAAGGUCGCACCCGGCGUUCCGGCGGCUGUGCAAGCAUCUCUGGAGCGAGCUGGUGAGUCGCCCGAGGCGGCAGCAAAUCCAGAAGCCGUUCAGGACAAGCAGACCCUGGAAUCGCAACUUCUCACGAUUGCGAAGGCUGCUGGAGUCGACACAGAGGAAGAGCAAAAUGCACUCAAGGGAACCCCCCCUUCCACCACAAGCGAUAUUCCGGCACACAAGGGAGCUGGUACAGUCGCCGCCGUGGGUGCUCUCGCAGGAGGUGCCGCUGCCGUCAGUCAUCAUCAGCAGAAGCCAAGCCAGCCUAACAUGCCUCAGCGUGCCGAGAGCACUGACUACGUCAAAAUCCUGGGUACUGAGACCAUAAGGCAUCAGAUUCAUGCCUCUGACAAUAGCACUCCGGGUCAGUCUGGUACGCCGACCCACCCUCUCUCGCAGAGCCAGAAUGCCGGAAACGCAUCGGGCACAGGUGUUGGGGCAGUCCAGCGCUCUCCUGCACACGGUGGCGGACCGGCUGGUGGUGCUCCUGAGCACCGUUCCGCCGUUGCUGCACCCGGUCACCUCGGAUCUCAGGCUCACGAUGACAUGCCUGCUUCUCUGCAGGCAAAGCAGAGGCAUGACAGCUCCCCGUCCACCAUCCAAAGCAAUGCAGCUGCCAUUAGCUCUGCUGCUGCAGCAGGCGGCAUCGGCCAUGGACUCUCAACAUUCUCGCACAGAGCCGAGGAGCCAACGCAGAACCAGCCGCACAGCGAGCAUCCAAGAUCGACAGGCACAGCUGCUCAAGCUCCCGGACACGGAAUUCCCACUCGCCGUCAGCCCUCGCCGCCAAGCUAUGGCCAGAGCCAGGACUCGGCCCAAAACUACAGUCUCUCGUCCGGGGCUGACUCUGGAAUCUCAAGUGGCAGGCAGUACACCAACCCCCACUCGGGUGUAGAUUCUAGGAUUUCUGGUCGCAACGAGGAACAGCCAAUCAACGUUGAAUACAACAAGUUGGGCUCUGGUACUGUAUCUGGUGUUGCCGACCCUCAUUCCAACACAAAGUAAUUCCCUCGCAUGUGUUAGUUAGAGCUCAUUCAUUUAUCGUUUUUGAGAUUAGGAAAGUGUAAUGCUAUUAUUUUAUGAUGACAG